GCGACAACCAAGUUCAUCAAUUUUCUCUCUCCCCAAACACUCUCUAGCUCCUUCUGUGCCCUCGAGACCAUUUUUCUUGCUCUCGAGGCCAGUUUUUCCCGAGCUAGAAAGUUCAAAUUUCAUCCAACCAGCAUGGCCGAUAGGAUGCGCCUCGCCGUCGGAGUAAUGGGGAAUGCGGCUUCUUUGUUACUCUACAGCUCACCCAUAUUAACCUUUGCGAGGGUGAUAAGGAAGAAGAGCACUGAGGACUUCUCGUGCGUGCCUUACGUGAUUGCACUACUGAACUGCCUCGUGAUAACUUGGUAUGCCCUGCCUAUUGUGAGCACCGGGUGGGAAAAUUUUCCAGUGGCCUCCAUCAAUGGCUUGGGGAUUGUUCUUGAGCUCUCCUUCGUUGUCGUAUACUUCUGGUUUUCUUCAUCUAAACAAGCGAAGAUGAAGGUUGCAGCCAUGGUGCUUCCUGCUAUCUUCUUGUUUUGUGCCACUGUGAUUAUCUCGGUUUAUGUUCUUCAUGAUCAUCGCCAUCGCAAAAUGUUCGUUGGAAGUUUGGGAAUUGCAGCGGCUAUAGCAUUGUAUGCUGCCCCCUUGGUUGUUGUGAAAAAAGUGAUACGAACGAAGAGCGUGGAAUUCAUGCCGUUCCACUUAUCUCUAGCCUCCUUCCUCUCCAGUUGUCUUUGGUUGAUUUACGGAUUACUCAGCCGUGAUAUGUUCCUUACGUCUCCGAAUAUCGUUGGCUGCCCGUUGGGAAUCCUACAACUGCUGGUGUACUGGAAGUACAGGAAGGCGGAUGUGGUUGAAGAACCUAAUAAAUGGGACUUGGAGAAGAAGGGCGACAACUCUAAACAACUUCAGCUUGUCAUUAGCGACGAUAAUGCUGCUAAGAUCUGAUGAUGAUAAAAUUCACAUCAAGGGGAGCUUCCAUCUCAAUGGGCAAUAAGAACUUCUCCUCUGUUUUGCCUUUAUUUUUCAUCCUUUUUGUUCUCGAAACAUUAAAAAGUGGUUAUCUUUAUGUAAUACUUGAUCUUGAAUGUGGUAAUUUUUAUGUUAAAUGAAUCAUUUUAAUAUAACUGCA